UGUCUGGCCGGGGAGGAGCCAGGUAGCCGCUACACUGACACGUAAGAAUCCAGCGUAAAAUGGAAGGAAGAAGUUACAUAUUUUUCUCAAGUUGAAUAUCGAUACAGCUGCUUAGACUCUGACUUGAUGUACAGUUGACCCGUCCCGGACCAGAGGCCUGCUCGGACGCUUUUUGAAGCGACGCGGGGCUGUCAACCACAGCAGCCGACACACAAGAUGAGAUUCUCUGCGUUUGUUUCUGUGCUGCGGUCGGUCGGCCCGGUGGUAAUCGGUAUUUCUUUAGGGUUUACGUUGAGUUUAUUAAGUGUAAACUGGACAGACGAAGCGUGUUACCUAGACGGUAAGGAGGGUGAGGGUGUGGGUGUGACUGUGGGUCAGGAUGGACUGCUGAAAGGAGCCCGAAAGCCCAACUCUAUUUCCACUGGCAACGAUGUGGAGUCCGACGAAGAUUUUGAACCGCGAAUAGUGCCAAAUAAACAAGUCCAGCAGAGCGCCACAAAGAAAGUUUUCAGGGCUAAAUACAUAAGCACAGAGUUGGGGACGCGAGAGCGUCUGUUUGUCGGGGUCCUGACAUCCAAGAACACCCUAAACACUCUGGGUGUAGCAGUCAAUCGCACCAUCAGCCAUCACCUGGACUCUGUGAUCUUCUUCACAGGCAUGCGCAACCGCAAAGUCCCUCAUGGCAUGUUCGUGGUCUCUCACGGAGACGAGAGACUGAUAUGGAACAUGUAUCAGAACAUCAAACACAUCUUAGACCAUUACAUCAAUGAAUUCGACUGGUUCUACUUCAUCCAGGAUGACGCCUACACAGAAGCUGACAGGAUCAAAACCCUGGUGGAUCACCUGAGCAUGGAUCGAGAGCUCUACAUGGGCAAACCGGAGGAGUUCAUAGGAGGAGAAAUGGAAGGGAAGUACUGCUACGGAGGGUACGGGUACAUCCUGUCACGUACCUUGCUCCUCCGACUCCAGCCCUACCUGGAAAACUGCAGGAACGACAUCCUGAGCGCAAGGCCUGACGAGUGGCUCGGGAGAUGCAUCAUUGAUUACACACACACCAACUGCGUCAAUGAAUUUCAGGGGCUUCAGUACCACCAUUAUGAGUUAGGAAAAAACUCAGAUCCGAGUAAAGAAGAAAGUGAACAGUUCAAGAAAGCUCUGACUGUCCAUCCAGUGGCUGACCCUGAACAGAUGUACAGGCUGCACCGAUACUUCACUGAGAUUGAACUCCAGAAGACCUACGAUGAGAUUGCUAAACUGCAGGCAGAAAUAAAGAACGUGAGUGUGGUUGCUUUUGAUGGCAACCGGAGUUCCCAGUGGCCUGUGGGGAUCAAUCCACCGUUUGAACCAAAAUCUCGGUUUGAAGUUCUGAAGUGGGAAUACUUUACAGAGGAAGAGAUUUAUUCAUGCAUCGAUGGCUCUCCAAAGUGUGAACUGCAGGGCAUUGACCGCAUAGAUGUGGCCGAUGUCAUUGAUGUAGCUUUGCUAGAGCUGAACAAGAAGUAUAAGCCUGUCCUUCACCUGAAGAAGCAGCAGCUAAUUAACGGGUAUAGACGCUUCGACCCCGUCAGGGGCAUGGAGUACACCUUGGACCUUCAGCUGGAGGUGGUGAACCAGAAAGGUCACAGCCGUUCUAUCACUAAGCGAGUUCAUCUGGUGCGACCUUUGAGUCGGACUGAGAUCAUCCCCAUGCCCUACGUCACUGAAGCUACCAGGAUUCACAUCAUUAUACCUCUUACUCUGCAGGACCGGAGCUCUGUGGAUCAUUUCCUGGGAGUCUAUGCUUCAAAUGCUUUUGAGACUAGUGAAAAUGCCAUUCUCACAUUCUUAUUUAUUUAUGACCCAGUAGAGGCACAGCAAGUCAACCAGAAUGAUAUAUUCGCCAGUGUGAAGGCUCAGAUAAACACUUAUGAACGUAAAUACCCUGCAGUAAAAAUCCCAUGGAUAAGUGUCAAGACAGAAACUCCAUCCCAGAUCAAAUUCAUGGACAUCAUCUCAAAGAAGCACCCAGUUGACUCGCUGUUCUUCCUGGCUAACAUUAAAACAAAUGUCAAUUCAGAAUUUCUGAACCGUUGCCGCAUGAACUCCAUAAACAACUGGCAGGUGUUCUUCCCUGUCCAUUUCCAGGACUUCAACCCUGACGUGGCUUAUCACAACCAGCCACAUCCGGCAACAGUUGAUCUGGUCAAGGACGCAGGCCAUUUUGACCGCAGGUCAUUUGAAGAAGCGUGUUUUUACAACUCGGACUACAUGGCAACUCGAACGCAAAUGGUGGCAGACGUCCAAGAGAAUGAGGAGAUUCUAGAUACCCUGGACAUCUUUGACAUGUUCUUAAACUAUUCGGCCCUGCACGUGUUCAGGGCAGUGGAGCCAGCAUUGCACCAGCCGUACAGCUACCAAGCCUGCAACCCACGGCUAAGUGAAGACAUCUAUCACAGAUGUGUUCAGAGCAACCUGGAAGGUCUCGGUUCGUGCUCCCAGCUUGCCAUGCUACUGUUUGAGCAAGAACAAGGAAACAGCACUUGAAACCAGAAUUAAACUUCCAUUAUAUUGAGGUUACAAACUGUGUUUGUUGCUCUAAAACCUUAUGAUGCAAGCUAGCACAACUAAAGUCUGGAGAACUGAGGUGACAUAUGUGAUGCUGCCUGACAUUCUCUAGCAUUCUUUAGUUUGAGGUUGUAGCUAGCUUGGAAAAAUGAAUGCAGUACAUUCCGAAUGAAAACUUUCUUAAAUGUUUACAAUGCAUAUGAGUUGCUAGAACCAAAUAUUUUGCUACUGUGACGAUUCUAAAAAGCUGCAAUUUACAAGUUUUGAUCACUUGUUGGGAGAAACUGCCAGCAGCAGAGCCUUGACGCGGUGCUGGUUCAUCCAGCUGUUAUGUCUUUGGUGUCCAGGGGACAUAGGUGACCCAAUGGUGUCGUCUCUCGUGUUCAGUUCAGAUAUUCAGUGGGAUCAGAAGAAUUAGCUGCAAUACUUUCACAUUUUAGAAUGGCAUUUGAUUUAAAGGCACAAUGAGUAGGAUUGUAUUUGUAUGUGUAUAGAAUGGGUGUCUGUUUCAGCAGCUCUGCCUGUAUUUUCUAUUUUCUGUUCAUUUUGCUGCGUUGGGGGCUUUUUGUGUGCACCAACAUUUAUAAAACGCAGCAACCAGGUGCCAGAUUGUAAGCACAGAUCAAAGAAAAAGCCAAAAGAAUGGUGAACACAGUGCCAAAAAAAUGCAAAUAUAGUGUGGUGAAACACCAUGCGGACAAUGCUUGCACCAAAAACGUGACCCUGAGGUUUUGCUUUUACACGCUGGCGACCACAGUAAACCUCAUUGAUCCGGUGAGGAGAGGCUGACUGUGAAUGUUGAAAAAUCCUACUCAUUGUCCAUUUUUAUUGUUAAUUUCAAAGAUAUUGUAAGAUGGGGCUUUAACGUGAAGCUCUAAAAGAUAAUCGGUAUAUUGCACCACAGGUUGUGUGCUCAUUCACAUUGAAGCAUUGAGCUUUUUACAAAGGCACAUCUUUGUAUAUGUGCCUUGACACUGACUGUUGGGUGGGUGGGAGAUAGUAUCUUCCACUGUGGAUAAAGCCUGUUACACAGCUGGGAGGAAUGAAUGGAGAGUCAGUUAACUUUUCUUUUUUUUAAGGUGACAAGUUUUAAAUGUGCCUCUAAGCAGAGGAGGGGUUGAUCUUCUGUUGUGGAUGUGGAUGUGGAUGUAUCGGUACUGGACACCAGCAAGUUAUUAGUAUAUUAUAAUGUGCAAUAUUACAGAUAACACAACUGGCUAUAUGUCCAAUGGAGGGGGACUUUCUAUUUCAAAGACAAUUGCUGCAAGUACAGCAGUGUGUUUAUCACAAUACUGUUCAUGACAUUGCAUAAAGCAUCUGGUGCUUUCUGUUCAAUGUUAAGUAAAUACACUGUAUUUUCUUUUGAAAAGACCUUUUAAUGUAUUUUGCUGACACUAGACACUUUUCAUCAUCAAAUUUGCUUUGAAAUACAUUUAGGCAAGUCCAUUUUAUUUAACUUUAAUCGGAUUCAAAGUAUUUAUUGGAAACGCUACAUCUGCAGUGGUGAUCCUCAACAGUGUUUGCUGUAUUUUCUGCCAUGUGAACAAAGACCGCGGAGGUCAUUUUUAUAACGCAUCUCUUUCUUUAGAGAGCAGAAGAGUAUGACACUAAUAAUGUGCAGAAAUGGAAACUGAAUCUUCCAAAAAACCACUGUGAAAGACGGAGGGCUCGGAUUACAAUAUGAAGUUAUUGUGGUGAUCUGGGUCGUCUCUGCCUUCUGUAAACGUGAGAAGCUUAAAAUCAAGCGAACGUGGCAGAUUAAUCACCCCGUGUUGUUAACACCGCCGCCAUCGCUGAGCGAAGACUUAAGUGUUUUGUCCAUAACUUAUUUAUCUGCCAUUUCUCUAUGACUUAUGCAGAUUCUGAAUACUUCCGCACUAACAGAGGCUUCCACAGCAUUCUCUGUACAUUUAUAAAUAUUUUAUAGAUUCUAUUUUUAAGCUUAUUGUAGCUUUAUGUACACAGCAAAUGAUACUUUUAUUAUAUUUGGUGACAAAUUAAACGUACUGUAUUUUGAGCAUUGAAAAUCAUGACAUUUGACCAUGAAGAUAAUUUAAAAUGUAUGUUUGCAUGUAAUUCAUUCAAAGAAGCAGGCAAAUACCUUUUUUAUUUCUAUUGAUGUUUGAACCUAUAGGUUUACAUUAUUUUAUGGAUAUGGGUACUAGUAUAACCAAAGCGAUACAUUUUAAUGAAUGCUCAUCACAUUUAAUUGUGUGCUGUAAUUCCCAAAUGAACUGUGAAUUAUUGUAAUUUUUAAAUAAAGAGUAUUUGUAUAACAUUU